AAUAAUAAGUUCUACUGCAGCGUCGUUGUUGUGACGUGUGCGCCAAAAUUACGGGACGUUUUGUUUCGCGCUCGUUCGUUCCAUGGUUCCAUGAACAAACCGUUUUUUUUUUACCGUUAUUUUUGUGAUGGGAUGUUCACUCAGCAAUGGAUUGAUGAAUGGGAAACAAUGUGCUCUUAAAACUCAGACCUGUUUAUGUAUCGAACAUUUGUCCAGGCCCUCUGUUGUUUGUAAUUCAACAGAUUCUCGAAUACAUCAAAAGGACGAAAUAACAGAACUGACGAUCCGAAAGGGGAUCAGAACAGCAAAAGGGAUUCAUUCAUCUUCAUUUGAUUCUUCAGGUGGACUGAUAAACGCCGUAAAUUCUGUUCAGAAACUUGAUUCAAAUGCAGGUAAUUUUAAAAAGCAUGCUAACAAAGACAGUUUCAAGCCAGAGAGCGCUAGGCCUGAUGUUCAUUCUGAUGAUGUGAACAAGACGCCGGAGGAGAGUGUUGUAAACGUAACUUCUUCAGCUUCAAGGUGUAAGCGGUUUUCUCGUCUCGACUGUGAUUGGAACCGUACCCGACCAAACCGUGACAAGACUGCUGUUGGGUCUCAAAGUCAUCCAACAAUAACUUGGCCUACAUUUGGCUGUGUUCAGUCUAGUACAUUUGAUGAAGAAUUUUUAUCUAUAGAAAUAAAGGAUAUUGAUUCUGUUUUGUCAUCAGCCGCAGAGUCACAGGGGGACACAACGCAAAUAACAUCUGAUUCUGAAAAUUUAAAACGCAAUGGAAAUAUUAAGGCUAGAGAUGAUGAUACAGCCCUAAGUAUUAGGCUAGUUCAGGGCCAGAAUGAAGAUGAAUUUGGAGAUAAUAAGGUUGUUAGUGAAAGUGGCAUACAUACACAGUCGUCUGCGGUUACUACUUCGCAUGUACAUUCUAUCAAAUUAAAUAAGACAGCAUCACAAUUUUAUACGGAUUUAAAUCCAAGUAAUUUCAACUUAAGUUCAUCACCAGAAAAAACAAAUCCAGUAAUUUAUAAAUUAGAAACUAAAAUAUCUAGCCCUUCAAAGGAAAUGGAUGAAGGUAUUUAUACACAAACUUCAGGCUCACCAAAAUGUUGUAAUUCUAAACAUGAAGGCGAAACAUCUGCUAAAAAUGAACAGAAUUUAAAAGAUACACAAACAGUUAUUUUAAAAGAAACUUUGCAAACAGAUGUUGAGGUUACAAGCUUAAAUGAAAAAUCUUGCCAAAUGGAAAGACAGGGAACAGGAUCCAGUGGCAGUGUGCAAUUUAAUAUGGAUUCUGCACAUAGAGUUGCAGGCUUAGAUCUGGUGAACUUUCGAAGGCAUAAUAAACUAGAACAAUGCUCCUCUACAGUUGAAAAGAUACCAGAUGAUGCCAUUGAUUGUGAUCAACAAACUCAAAUUCAGGAAAGCCCUGAAGUUUGCAAGCCACUAGAGAACAUGAUAAUUCACCAACACUUGGAUUCCAAUGCUGACAAGCCUACCAUCAGUACAGAAAAGAAAGAUACUUCUUCAGAAAAUGGAUGCCACGCAGAAGUGAUGAAACCAGCUAUUGAAAGUAAUAAAGAAACUCUUAUAAUAGAUGAAAACAUCUGUGAUGCUGUUACCGAAAAAAGCAAAGAUUUGAUAUCACAGCCUGCAAAUAUGAUAAACUGUCACCGAUUGAUGCCUUCACGUAAGACAUCUACUGCUGAAGAUUCAGAAAGUGAUGGAGAUUCUGCAUAUAGUUAUGAAUCGGAUUAUUUUCCCCUUGAUGCAGUAGAUCCACAUCCAGGGAAGUCCAUUCCAGAAGAGGUAUCAUUGCAAGUUCAAAAUGAAAGUUUAUCAAGGAGUGGGGAUGGCAUUGCAUUGGAUGAAGGUUGUCUUGUGACGUCGUGGGCUGCAGAUGACUACAAACUGGAGAGGAAAUCUAACAGAAGUGUGAGAGGAAGUACAUCAAAUGUUGGCUUCCAGAUGAGAAGAGGAGACUCAACAAACAGCUUAUCUUCUCGAAGGUCACAAGAGAUCAAAUGGCCAAUACAACAUGUCCAUAUUGAUUUCUUUAAUGAUUUUGGUGACUGCUUUGAUGAAGAGGAAGACUAUAUGACUAGUUAGAAUCACCAAUGAAAGCGUUGUUAUUACUUGUGGUCCUGUUUGAUAUGCUACUAAGUCAGGAGAUGAGUCACAGGUGCAUUUUGAAAAUUCAACAACAAAUCUCCCAUUAAAAGUGAUUGAUGCAUGUCUUAAAUAUUCGAUGCGAAGAUGCAUUUCCUGUUCUCAAAUACCUACAGUAUUAGAAAAUCUCAAGCUUGCAGUUAUAUCAGAAAGAAUUUUGGUAUGGUAUUCCAAGUU